GGCCCGCGAGCUGACCCGUCCCGGCGGUAGAUCUUGAGUUCUUCUUGAUUGGCUAGUGCUCAGCCUCCUCAUGCCUCCGUCUCCUUUAGACGACAGGGUAGUAGUGGCACUUUCAAGGCCAGUGAGACCUCAGGAUCUCAACCUUUGUUUAGACUCCAGCUAUCUUGAAUCUGUCUCUUCUGCCAGCGAGAGCCACUCCAGUCUGCUCGGCACCACUGUCGUGUCCCUCAAGACUGCUAAUCUCACGUAUAUGCCCUCAUCUAACGGCUCUGCACGCUCCCUGAGUUGUGGAUGCAGUAGUGCCAGUUGUUGCACUGUGGCAACGUACGACAAGGACACUCAGACCCAAACUCAAGCGAGCACCAGCAGCACCCACGCUGGAGCCGCUCCUGCCUGUCCUGCCAACCAGAUGGUCAACAGCAAUGAGAACACCGGCAGCCUGAGCCCGCUGGGUGGAGUGGGGAGCCCAGUCUCGGGCACAACCAAGCAACUAGCUAGCAUAAAAAUCAUCUACCCCAAUGAUCUGGCAAAGAAGAUGACCAAAUGCAGCAAGAGCCACCAACAGAGCCAAGGGCCAGUCAUCAUUGACUGCAGGCCUUUCAUGGAGUAUAAUAAGAGCCACAUUCAAGGGGCUGUUCACAUUAACUGUUCUGACAAGAUCAGCCGCAGAAGGCUCCAGCAGGGCAAGAUCACUGUCUUGGACUUGAUCUCCUGUCGGGAAGGCAAGGACUCAUUCAAGAGGAUCUUUUCCAAAGAAAUCAUAGUUUAUGAUGAGAAUACCAAUGAGCCAAGCAGAGUAAUGCCUUCCCAGCCGCUCCACAUAGUGCUGGAGUCCCUCAAGCGAGAAGGCAAGGAACCCCUAGUCCUAAAAGGCGGCCUCAGCAGCUUCAAGCAGAACCACGAAAACCUCUGUGACAACUCCCUCCAGCUGCAAGAGUGCCCUGAUGGGGGAGGCGGCGGCGCGUCUGCGGUGCCCCCUACGCUACCUCAGUCCAUCCCCACCACGCCAGACAUCGAGAACGCCGAGCUCACUCCCAUCCUGCCCUUCCUCUUCCUUGGAAAUGAGCAUGAUGCUCAGGACUUGGAGAAAAUGCAGAGGUUGAACAUAGGCUAUGUAAUCAACGUGACCACCCACCUGCCCUUGUAUCAUUAUGAGAAAGGCAUAUUCAACUACAAGCGGCUCCCAGCCACUGACAGCAACAAGCAAAAUCUCAGGCAGUACUUCGAAGAGGCUUUUGAAUUCAUUGAGGAAGCUCACCAGUGCGGAAAAGGUCUCCUAAUUCACUGCCAGGCUGGCGUAUCCCGAUCUGCCACCAUAGUUAUAGCCUACUUAAUGAAGCACACGCGCAUGACCAUGACGGAUGCCUAUAAAUUUGUAAAAGGCAAACGACCAAUCAUUUCUCCUAAUCUUAACUUUAUGGGGCAGUUACUGGAGUUCGAAGAAGAUCUAAAUAAUGGCGUUACACCACGAAUUCUCACACCAAAGUUGAUUGGCGUAGAAACUGUAGUGUGACCGUGAAGCUACAAGGAGGUGGUUAACAAAGGGAUUAACGUAUUCUUCACCUGAUUUAGGGCAGUGAAUGGGUGGGUUGUGGGUUUUUCUUUUUAGUUUUUUAUUUUGGGGGGGAGGGGAGUUGGGGGCAAAACUUUUGUGAAUAAAAACCUUCUUUUCCCGUAAGGAAAGGUUUUUAGAAGAGAUCCAAGCACUCUGCAGUGUUUGAUAUGCUGUUGUGAUUUCCUUCCCAGGAACUGACAAAGCAGGGAGGCUUUGGAAGCAAAAGCAGUACUUUUAAAAAUCCAAACAGCAAGAAGAAAUACUGGGCUUUUUUCCCCCCUCUCCCGCUACUUGUAGAGUUUAUGGCUAAGUAGUCUGUGCAGGUUCAUAGACUGAAGAAGUCUAAGUUGAAGACAACAUAAACAGCCAAAACAGAGAAAACUCCCUGAAAUAAAAGGGCCUUCAUUCUGCCAAGGCUUUGCUAGAGGUAACUGAGCGAAAUGCUCACUGAUGCAAAGGAGAUCAGAGCAGCUUAAAAAGUCUGCAAGGCACUUUUCAUACUCCUGAGUCAAACUAAAGAAGAAGAAAAAAGUUUAUAUGGCGUGUUUCAUGUUCCAGUUCUAUUUUUCUAUUUUGGGUUUAGGUUUGGGUAAGGUUUUAACAGUAAGGGACUUUGAUCAUUCUAUGCCAUAUGCCUUCACUGGCUUCUUGUGCAAUAAUAAUUUGGGGUUUGUUUUGAGUGUUGAAACCGAUUAGAGUUGGCUGCCCACUAAUAAUAAAAUAAUAAUUUUUAAAGUCUAAUAAACGCAAGGGCAGCCAGCUUGGUUCAGAAAGGAUAAAUGAAGACAAUUACUUUGUUCCUUUUUAUGAUUUUGAUCCUGGUUACAGUGCCAUAAACCUUGUUACAUAUGUAUAUCAGAAUGUACAAAAAUUCAGACGAGCAAAGUUUAUUUAAGAAUAUUUUUCGCACAAAGUAUUGGUGUGUUUCAGUUGUCUAUGUAAAAAAAAAAAAGAUUAUAAAAACAAAAAUCCUUUUGGAAAA